CAAACAUAGGACCUCAGAUGUUGGGGUAAUUGCCCUUAACCAUUGGAGUUACAACAAGUCCCUUGUAACCUUUUUUUUUUUUUGGUGUGGAAAUUGUAAUAAAAUAUGAAGGACCAGCAUUUUGAUUAUCCAAAUUAGUAAAAAAAAGAAAAUUCAGAAUUUGAAUUUGUCUAAUUUCUAGAUACAUCUUGGACUUAAUUAUUAGCAUUUCCAGCACUUAUAUAAAUCUUAGUAGUGAUUUGGCUUAAGGAUAUAUAGUGUAACUAUUUUUGUGUGUGGAAAUUAUAAGGAAAUAAAGGUUUGCUUUUAAGUAAUUAUUUAUUCAUUAUUCUUUUAAAAAUACAUGUCUUACUUGGAUUCACCUCCUCUUGAAGUAAUGCUCGAUCUUUAUAUAUAUUUCCCUUCUCUAUAUAUAACUUUCUCCAUAUUAGCUUUCUUCAUUUGAGUUCUCUGCUUUCAUUUCUCAAAAUUAAGUUUUUUGUAUUGUCUUCUCAUUGAUUGCCUCAGUCGUCUUGAUUUUUCAUUCAACAUUUCUCCUAAUAGUUGAUCUUUGCUGUUGAAUCUCUGGUUAACUUAUAUUAGAGUUGGAGCUUUAGGCAAUUACAAAUACUGUCCCUCUGCUCUCAAGACUUUCAGGACAAUAUAUACGUAGUUGGACAGGUCAUCAUGGCUAUUGAAACAGAAUGCAGCCCUGAUCGUCCUUAUAUUGUUGGAGAAGAUAAUUUAAUUGAAGCAUUGAAAGAGAGCAUGAGCAAAAAGCUUGGCCCUGCUGCUAAAUCACCCUUGACUGUCAGAACCUGCAUCUUCAAAGUUCCCCCAGUGCUCCGGAGGCAUAAGCCAGAGGCAUAUGAACCUCACGUCAUCUCAAUCGGACCCAUUCAUCGAGACGGUCGUAAACAAUUCCAGCGCAUGGAAACUGUGAAGCUGUGGUAUUUAAAAACCCUUCUCUCCCGCAUGAAUCUAAGCUUAGAAAAAUUCAUCGAUGGCUUUAACGAAUUUUUAUUACAUGAACAUGAGGAGAAAGGCAUCAUUGAGUUUGGGAAAGGAGCCCGUGACUUUUAUGAAGAACCACUUGACUUUAACGAUAAAGAGUUCAUGGAAAUAAUGAUACUUGAUGGUUGCUUCGUAAUACAACUAGUUCGGAAGUUUAUCGCCCAUUGGGAAAAUGACGAUGACCCCAUAUUGAACGAGGAAAAAGAGGAUGACCCCAUAUUGAACAUGGAUUGCAUGUUCCAAUAUGUAUGUCAUGAUCUUUUGUUAUUAGAAAAUCAGCUUCCUUGGUCUGUUCUCAGUUGUUUAUAUCGCUUUACCUUGGGCAAAAGCAACGGUGGACCCCUGUUCGGGUUCAGUGGACUCCUGCUCCGUUUCUUCAGUCCACUAUCCUCGUUGAGGAAAUAUUGCGACUCCUAUAUGCAAGAUCAUAUGAAACCUGACCUGAAGGUUGAUGAGAAUGGAGUUUUGCACAUACUUGAUCUAAUAAGAACUUCCAUUGUUUUCUCAUUCCAACCUUCUAAAUCUUCCAGUAGAAAUGACCAAAAUUAUCUCUGGUGGUUCGCAGAAAAGGAAGAAAAAGAGAUUGGACCGGAAAUUCAGGAAAUUCCUGCAGCAACAGCUCUCUCAGAAGCAGGAGUUAAAUUUGAAAGGGGCUCGGAUAAUAAUCUAAUGAACAUCGAAUUUAAAGAUGGGGUUUUAACAAUUCCAGAACUAGCAGUUGGAGAAUUGACCGAACCAUUAUUCAGGAACCUCAUCGCCUUUGAGCAGUGCUAUCAUGGUCGUUCUCAGCAAAUAACAUCUUACGCCGUUUUCAUGGAUAAACUCAUCAAUUCCGACAAGGAUAUAAAGCUUCUUUCUGAGAAAAAAAUCUUAGCUAACUGGCUGAGCGUCGAAGAUGGUUCUAACUUCUUUAACAAGCUUUACAUUGACACCAUUGUCAAAGAGUUCCACUAUGACAAACUCUGCGCUGAAGUGAAUAAAUAUUAUCAGGUUGGAUGGCACAAGCAGUUAGAAAUAUUGACGCGCGACCACUUUGCUAACCCAUGGAAAAUUAUUUCUUUGAUUGCAGGAAUUAUCCUUCUGGUUCUCACCUUAUUGCAGACCAUAUUUACUAUUUCUCAAUAGUUUUCUCUCCUCAGUAUGUAGUUGUUAAGAAUAAGUGUCACGAAAUAAAUGUUUGUAUUAGUUUAGAAUAUUUGAAUUCGAAUCCCUCUCUUUCAAGAUUA